AAGCUAAUCCCAAUAGUUGUCGUAUUGGUUCUGAUACAAAACCUUUUUAUUCAAAUAUUGAAGAAGACUUAAUUAAAUGGAUUGAAAUUUUGCGUCAAGAUGGAAUUGCCGUUAGUCCACUUAUGAUUCAACAAAAAAUGAAAUUGCUUGUUAAUAAAGAUUCACCAAAUAAUAAAAAUUAUUCAUUGCAUCUCGGGGAAUAUUCUUUUACUAAAGGUGGAAAUUUACAAAGGCCGGGUUAUGAUUUAAUUUGUAAAUGGAUUUUAGAAGUUUGGGAUGAUAUUUCUAUAGAAACUGUUUGCAAUAGUUUUAAAAAGUGUAAAAUUGUUAAAGAUGUAUAA